CUGUUCAAUGUUAUUAUAAAAUGCUUAAAAGCAUGGCAGUAUUCGGGCACCUCAACACGCAGGGCCAACCUCAGUCAACUAUGGCGGCGCCCAGUAGAACUCUGAACUGUGAGGACUUUUCAAUGUUUCAGGAAGUAUUAAAAGUGAUGCGCACUAUAGAUGACCGAGUUGUCCAUGCACUUAAUACCAGUGUGCCAACUGCAUCCUUUUCAGACAAAGUGGAUGGCAAAAAGACCUGCAAAAAGCUCUAUGAAUCUCUCAUGGAGGCUCAUCUUUCCAGAGACAAGGCAAUAAAGGCAUGUAUUACAGAGACCUCUGCUGUCGUCGGGCAAUUACGUGAAGAGCGGGCACAAAAUAGUGACAACAUGUCAAUUGUAAAGCAACUUAGGAAAGAACAAACAAAGUUAAAACUAAUGCAGUCUGAGCUAAAUGUUGAAGAAGUGGUCAAUGACCAGAGUUUGAAGGUUUUCAAUGAAAGGUGUCGAAUUCAUUAUACCCCACCCAGGACUAAGUGACUGCCAUAUCUACAGUUAAAAGUUCACACACAGUUGUUCUGAGGACCACAUCUUGGGCUGAGCUGGAACAUUCACCCAUAAGUGUCUCUGCUGCUCGCGCCAGAAAUCCCAGCCCCCCAGUGUUCUCUGUGGCUUUAUGUUCCUACAGUGAAGGGACACUACUGUUAUGUAUUACUUUUCAUAUAUUGUACAAAACUGAUUUUAUAAACAAUGAAAUGUUUUCCAAUCACUGACAUGUUGUUUGUUGUAUACUUGGGUCACAGAUAGAUUGUGUAGUCUGUUCUUAAUUGAUAAAAUAUUGUGUUGGCAGUGUUAAGGUCAUGGCUUCGAUUCCCUGGGUAAAGGUCAUUCUUUAAAUAUAGUCUGAAUUUUCAUAUGAGUUUGAGUGCAUUGCGUUGUUCAAUCUAAGGGGACUCAUUUAGUCAUUUUUUUUUCUCUCUGACAUGCGUGUGCCAUGAACACUGAGUAGUUUGUUCAUAAACCCCACAAAAAAAAUACUAGACAUUGACAGCUUGAGUAUGUUAAUGUUAUCCAGUGCUGUAUAUGUAAAAAUGAAAACCAAAAAAUAGGGCAAAACAACUUUUCAGCUACAUCGGUAUCUCCAUUUACAAAGCAUAGAGAAAUUGUGAUGUACAGACCAAACGUUAAUUUUGUUUUCUUGGGAAAUUCAACUUAAAGAGUACCUAGCAUGUGUUUUUUUAGCCCCUACUUUGGUUUAUGGAGUGUCCAACAACAAGUUCAUGUACAUACAAUGUGUUUAAACACUAUAAUAUCGUAACAAUAGGCAAUUAUUCGCACCUUACUUCUUGACUGACUCUCAAAUGAUUUGUUCCGCGAUUCAUCCGUCUAGGCCCCGCCUACCCGCUAACCUUGUGUCAUGUGAUUGGUCAGAUGGUGUAGUCUGUUGUUAUUGGUCAAACGCGUUCAUCAUUUGUCGCAAAUGGAACCCCCCUACCAUCAUCAAAUAAAAUAUUAUUUUUUUCUUAAAAUACUGUUAAUACGUUAGUAAUACUAUUAUUUCGUCGUAACUGUGCGUUGUCAUGGUACAUAGAGCAUUUCGGAAAGUCGACGUUAUUGAAAAAACAAGAUUUUAGUUUCACCCAAAUAUAUCUAUAUAGGUGCACGUGCGGCAAAUGUGUCAAAAUGCAAAGUUAGUAGCAAGAUAAACAAACUGUAACACCCCAGAAAUAACGGUACAUGCUAAUGUUAGCGUUAUAUGCAUUAGCUAAACACAGACAUAAGGUACAAAAAUAUUUCUUGAAGUUAAGACAAAAAUGAAAAGUCACACUUGCAGGUU